AUGAGGAAAUCUAAUUGUUGUCUUUUGUGCUUGUUUCCUCCUAAAGUGCGAGCUUUCAUUGGCGAACAAGUAUCGCUGAAAUGCUCAUUCAAAUCCAGUUCUCCCAUCACGGAGAGCCUGACAAUAGACUGGACAUACCGUCCCGCCACAAGUGGUCAGAUGGAGACAAUUUUUCAUUAUCAGUCUGUUCCAUACCCAACAACAGUGGGAAAGUUCAAAGACAGGAUAUCCUGGGUUGGGAAUGUUGCCAAGGGUGAUGCUUCCAUUGCUAUCCAAAGCCCAGUGAUGAGUGACAACGGGACGUUCAUCUGCAGCGUGAAGAAUCCUCCAGACACGUACCAUAACAUUCCCCAGACAAUGCUGAUAGUUACGGAGAGGGGCCUUUCCUUCCAGCUAACUUCAGCUGCGCUGCUGUCCAUUUUAGUAUUUCUCCCUUCCGUCAUUGUGGUCACUCUGCUGUUGGUAAGGAUGGGAAGAAAAUUUGGAGUGCUAAAGGAGAAAAAAAAAUCUGGCUGUAAGAAAUCCUCCAUCGAAGUGCCUGAAGGUACCGAGACAGACAGCUGCUUGGGGAAACUCAGAAACUGGUGUCUGAACUGUGUGGACACGGAUGAGGAAGACCCAUACUGA